AUGUCGGACUCGGAGGAGUACGAGUACGAGUACGACAGCGACGAGCAGUUCGACAGCGACGAGCAGGGCUCGGCGGCCGACGGCGAGGACGACGAGGCCGCCAAGCAGCGCAGCGCCGCGCGCGAGGCGCAGAUCGCGCUGGAGAACACGUUUUACGAGGCCGAGGACUUCCGCCAGCGCGGCGACCUGACGCAGGCGCUCGAGUUCUUCCAGCGCGUGGUGGCGCUGGAGCGCGAGACGACGCCGCUGGAGGAGCGCAAGUGGAGCUUCCAGGCGCUGGAGCACGUGGUCAAGAUCUGCGUGAGCCGGUGCCAGUGGGACGAGAUGCUGCGCCACUACGAGCAGAUGCUGGAGCACUUGGCCUUCGUGACGCGCAACGAGAGCACGGACUCCAUCUCGUCCAUCCUGGACGUGGUCUCGGGCGCCACGGGCAAGGAGGGCGAGACGGACAGCGCCGCCAAGUACACGUCCAAGAUGUACGAACUGACGCUGGACAAGCUCAAGGACGUCAACAACGACCGCCUCUGGUUCAGCAUGAACGUCAAGCUGGGCAAGCUCUACCUGGACAUGCACGAGUUCGACCUGCUGCAGAAGCUGCUGAACCAGCUCUACGAGUACUGCCAGACGCCCGACGGCGUGCAGGACCACUCGAAGGCCACGUCGCUGCUGGACGUCUACGCUCUGGAGAUCCAGCUGUGUGUCGCCACCAAGAACAGCGCCAAGAUGCGCGUCAUCUACCCGAAGACUCUCGACUUGGACGCUGCCGUUGCUGACCCGCGAAUCAUGGGUGUGAUCCGUGAGGAGGGUGGCAAGAUGUACUUGGAGGAAAAGGAGUGGAUGCUGGCCUACAACGAGUUCUUUGAGAGCUUCCGCAACUAUCAGGAGGCAGGCAACUCGCGGGCCACGCAGUGCCUCAAGUAUGUCGUCCUGGCCAACAUGCUGGCGAGCUCAGAUAUCAACCCAUUCGAUUCACGAGAGGCGAAGGUGUACCAGGACGUGGACGAGAUUGGCGCGAUGCUGCUGCUGCGUGGCGCCUACGAGACCAACGACAUUGUGCAGUUCGAAAAGAUCCUGAAGAAUCCGAAGUACAAGUUGCUGAGUGAUCCCAUUAUGAAGAGGUACCUGAACCCACUGCUGCGCAACAUUCGCUGCCAAGUUAUGAAGAAGAUCGUGCGCCCGUACCAGGCGAUCCGCAUUGAAAGCCUGUCGAAGAGCAUGAACAUUGCCACGGAAGACGUUGAAGAUAUCGCCGUGGCACUGAUUCAAAACCUCGAGCUGGACGCCAAGAUCGAUCAAAGUAGGGGGCUACUUGUGCUCCAAACGCGGCAAAAGGCGCGUGAUGCUAGCAAGAUGUAUGACGCAUUAGACCGAUGGACGCGGGCGUUGGCAUCGACGCAUGCAACCAUUGCAGCUCGGGUGACGGCGCACCCGUGA